AUGCGUCGCUGUGAUGUCCAAGAGACGAGUGGCCUGAACUUGUCUCAGCUUGAUGCUACCGAGGAGUUCGGCAUCCUGCUUCUGCGCGCCGCAGCAGUGCGUCCCUCCUCCUACGACCUCCGUGACCAACUGUCCGGCCGCGUUUGGCCUCUCGUGCGGCGAGUGGAGCCCGGAGGUUCUGGGACGCUGACAGUGGACCACGACAGGCACAGCUUUCACGCACCGGCAGCGUGCGCUUCUCACGAACCUCCCGCUGGUUGCCGCGUGCUGCAGCACGCGUUUCGGCGGUAUCAGGCUCUGUUCUUCCCUCAUCAUGCAGACGUCGAAAGCUUGUCACUUCUGCAGGAGGAUAUGAUCCAUGCUCUGAACAGCAGCCUGCGCCGACUACGGAAGCAUCGAGCGGAUGACCGGCAGCAAGGAAGGCUUAUUUCUACUGCAAGUGCUACAGACGUGGAGGUGAAGGACCUGGCUGCCCCCCUGGACUUGGGGGUGAACGAGUCCUACGAGCUUGCUGUCUCCAUCCAAGGCCAGAUGACAGUAUCAGCGCAGACAGUCUGGGGUGCCCUGCGCGGCCUCGAAACUCUCUCGCAGCUAGUAGAGUACAAUUUCACCGCGGAAAGCUAUGCCAUCCACGAGAUUCCAUUCCGAAUUCAGGACUCUCCGAGCUUUCCACAUCGGGGACUGCUCGUCGACUCAGCACGGCACUUCUUGCCCCCGAUCCGUCUCAAGCGGACCAUCGAGGCGAUGUCCUUCGCAAAGCUCAAUGUGCUGCAUUGGCACUUGACAGAGGACGAGUCGUUCUCGAUGCCCAGUUCGUCACACCCGGAGCUUGCAGAGAAGGGUGCAUGGAGCGCAGACGAAAGGUACACGAUCCGCGACGUACAGGACGUCGUUGAGUUUGCGCAGCUGCACGGCGUCCGGGUCGUGCCCGAGUUUGACAUGCCUGGGCACGUGAGCUCCUGGAGCAAGUCGCACCCAGAACUCUUCGAGCAAGCAUGCUUGGAGAGGUCGCGGCGACUAGCUUUCAAGCCGACGAAGGAUGUUUUCGACUUCCUGCAGGGCCUGCUUGCAGAAUGGACGACUAGCACCUUUCACGAUCAAUUCCUGCACUUAGGGAGCGACGAGGUGCCGUUCGAAUGUUGGAAGGGGCUGUCCAUCUCCGAGGGCGGCAAGACCUACAGCACCCCGACGCAGUUGUUCCAGCAUUUUGUCAAGAACAUGUUUUCCCGCGCUCACGGGCAGCUGAAUCGCUCCGUCAUCUUUUGGGACGAGGCAUUUGUCUCAGCUCGGGCUGAGCUUCCUGCAGAGGCAGUGAUUCAGGUCUGGCGUGACAAAGCAACUCUGUCCCGCGCAGUGCAAGCCGGGCAUCGAGCCCUUCUCUCGUGGGGCUGGUAUUUAGACCACCUUGACGAAGACUGGCGAGGAAUGUACGACAAUGACCCUGUGGCCGAAGUUCCUGAGGACAAGAAGGAGAAGGUCCUGGGAGGCGAGGGCUGCAUGUGGGGAGAGACGGUGGAUGGCUCAGACCAGGCUCCCACGAUGUGGCCACGGCUUGCUGCCAUUGCCGAGCGGCUCUGGAGCUCGCCGGCCUCCUCUUCUGCGGCGGCAGAGUCACGCCUCAAUGCCUUCAGGUGCCUGCUCCUUCGUCGGGGUGUGGCCGCUGCCCCCACCCAGGUCAGCGGCAGAAGAGCACCUAUCGGGCCAGGGUCCUGUGAGCAGCCUGGUGGGCCUGGUUUGGCUGCCUAA